GUGGCAUCAAAACUGACGGUUUGUACGAGGCUGGGAGGUACACUAUUGUUAUCGGUUACAGUUCGUCCCUUUAUCACAAACCAACGCAGCGAGAAGAUUCAAACCACGCACGUAGUGUAGUGACCUUCACACAGUGCCAUACUACACCUGACGACUGUUAAGCGAUUUUACGACACCAGCUUUCGUUACGUGGUCGAUUCUGUCCGGCAUCAGCCGGAAGUCCCCAAGUCUCGCGUCACCCAACGUGUUAAGUCACUUAACAACUCGAAAGGCAAGUGGGUCAGUACUCAGUAGCGUCCAGUGGGCAGCCCCGUAAGUAUUUAGAAAUGGAGGUUUGCGUAGACAACGUGGAAUCGGCAGUGAAUGCAGCUAAUGGAGGCGCAUCACGCCUAGAACUGUGCAGUGCACUAAGUGAAGGAGGGCUGACACCAACAAAAGGCUUAUUGACGAUCAUAAAAAGAUUGGUUUCAAUUCCAGUGUUUGUUAUGCUGAGGCCAAGAAAAGGUUCAGAUUUUGUUUUCUCCGCCGACGAACUGGAGGCAAUAUAUACGGAUGCAUUAGUGUUAAGAGAAGCUGGCGCAGAUGGUUUCGUGUUCGGUGCUCUUACCCAUGGAGGCGACGUUGAUAUCGCAGCGUGUAGGCGUGUAAUUGAAAUUGCGUCUGAUAAACCCGUGACCUUCCACAGAGCAUUUGAUGUAACAUGCGAGCCAUAUGGGGCGCUGGAAACGAUCAUAGACCUUGGCUUCUCGAGAUUGCUAACAAGCGGCCAAGCAUCAUCAGCAGAAAAAGGAUUGGAACUUAUUAAGGAACUUAUACUAAGAGCAAGAAACAGAAUUAUUGUCAUGCCAGGAGCAGGAAUAACAAUAAAAAAUUUGCCAGUAAUACUAAAUGAAACCAAAGCGAGAGAAUUUCAUGGCUCUGCACGCAUUCCGAAACAAUUAGUUUUGAGAAAAAUUAAUUGUUCAAUGGCGUCUGAUGAUGAUUCUGCGAUGCUUGUUACAAGUACUGAUGUGGUCAGAGAAAUGGUUACCAUAUACUCAUCAUAUGCAUCAACAUAAAUAACACUUUCCUGCUGUCUGGUAAAAUUAAAAUCUUAUAGCUUACGUUCUUCAUCUUCCCUGGUGGUUAGUCUAAUGCUUUCGGCAAAAGGAAAUAAUUUAAAGCACUAUUCUCGCAACCUGAAAGGUCAGAUGUUAUGUCUCUGAUAAAAAUUUUCUUUGUGCCAUAACGAGAUUAAUUUUAAAAGACAUUAAGAUCGAAAUUAUGUAAGAGAUCCGACUCACAACUUACCAAAUUACACAGUACCUAAGAUUUUAAAUGAAUACUUCCAGUAUUUUGUGUAUAUCAACAGACCAAGCUGUAUUUUAGUUCUGUAUAGCACAAUAGGCAUGCCUGACCAUGUAAGUCAUUACAUGAACUGGUUCUCCUGUCAAAAAUGUGGGUAUAUUACCCCUAUAAGGUUCGCUUUGGAGUAAAACAUGUUUUCAGGCUGAUUUACUUUAUAAUGGAAUUACUCUACAUUUCUUUUGUGGAGUCUGCAAUAUGCUGAUUAUGUCAGACAAGUUAAAAACUGUGUGCUUUAAUGAAACUCACAGUCGUGCUACUCGACGACACUGCUUGAAGUGGUUGAGAAGCCUGUGUUAUGUAAAGGCUUUGGCCUGGGUGGCAUGCUACUUUAGUGCACUGCCUGUGAAAGGCAGAUAUCUUGUCCUUGUAUAACAUAGUUCUCUACUUGUCAUAUACUGUCCAUGUUCAUUAUUCACAACAGUAUAUCAAAGGUAACUGCACUAUUUGCCUGUGCUGUCUCAAAAUAUCACAGGGUAAAGUUUAAUUCUGAAUUUUUUUACAAGUAAACUAAUUAUGUACAUGUAUAUUGUUUUUCUGGUGGUGGGCAUGUUUUUAAUAUUUGUGCCAUUAUAAAGAAAUGUAUUUUAUUUAAAUGUGUGUCAUUGUUAGACCAUAGAUGACAGAAUGACAAGAUAAUUGUUAAACUAGCUUGCAAGAAAAGAACUAAUUGCAGUUAAACUAAAAUUUUGAAUGAUAAGCUCUGUGGCUAGGUGAUGAAUUAAUUACCCUUAUUUACCACUCUCCCCACUUAUUUCAGAUUCAUUACCAAGUAAAGCUUCCGUAGUCUGAAGUUUAUGUUUCACAGUGCUCAUUUGUGUCUCUGUGCACAGUCAUUUCAACUUACAGUGGAUAUCAUGUUUUUAAAUACUCAUUUACAUAUAUUAUGUUGAUCACAUGUUGUUUAUGGUCACAAAUUGAUAAAAUAGAUUGCAAAGUGCAGCACAUGUAAAAUGUAACAGAGGUUUUUUAUUAAUAAAAUUAGAGUUUCUUAAAAUGGAAUGUUUGGUUAGUGAAAUAAUGUUAUGUAGCUUCACUGAAACAAGAUGACACAUGCUUCAAACAAACACCAAAACACACAUAAUGUUGUUCAAUAAUGUAACCCCAUUGCAGCUUUAUAUAUAGUUACUUCGUCUGAAAAGUUACAGAAGAAAGAUGGGGAGUACACGAAUGCUCAGUGAUUAAGUACAAAAAGGGAUCAAUGUCACCAUGUCAGAAAGCAGACAUCAGGCCACUGCAAAAGGGAAAUUAAAAAUGAAAAGCCAAGUCUCCAUUAAAAGAUCUGGAAGUAGCACAUAGGGCAACCAAAAUGUUGGAGGAACACGAAAUGAAGAUUGGAAACAAAGAAGCAGUGUGUCAGCAGACAUGAAGGAAAGAAGCAAGAAA